AGCAAACGUGCUACCUCGCUGGAUAACUGAAAACAAACCAUCACGUGCGCUCAAGAGGCAGUUGCCAGGGGACAGACUUCUCCGGCCUGCCUUCUGCAGAUAGUGCUUUGUGGCUGGCAGCCAAAAACCCUUUGGAACUCUGUGGCCCAGUAGACUUGGGACAGGAGGAAGAGAGGAGCCUUUGGGCCUAAAGACACCUAUGGUGUCACUUCUCAGGCCUAAUGAAACUUGUGACAGUGCCUCAGACAUCUUUUUUCUUUCCUUAAUUAUUUUGCUGGUUUUGCCAAAAAUGUUGAGUAAUUACAGCCCAACAGAUCCCUGCAUACCUUACAGUGUACAGCAGUGACAAACAUUUGUCACCCCCCUCAGCCCCGCUUGUUUUUGUCCUGUGGAGGUGGGCAGUAUAUGCUCUCUGGUGGACCUUCCUCCAGUCUGGUGAGACACACCUGUACCUGUAGCCACAGGACAGCAGGAGCGCUGCCGCUCUGCUUUGAAGCCAGCUUUUAUUGACUGUCUGCCGAUGCUUUAUACGCUGGGCUUGGUGCUGUGCUGUAGCUGAGUCAUGGGUUAAGUGUAAGGAGCAGGACACUUGCUGUUGAUUCCCAAGGCUGCUGUUUUGGAAUGGGGGUAGCCCCUACAUGUUAGGCAAGUCAUCUGCCACCAAACUAUUAUCCCCAGCAUUUAAUGGUUCUUUGGGGAAUAGGUGGAGAUUUGAAUUCUGCUUUUCAUAGGACAUAAGAUUUGGUUCUUUGAAUUUGAAAGUUUAUCUUCAACAUGAAGCAUCACGUUUGUGAUGAAAGUUUGAAGGAAUUCCAGGAGUAUGUGAAACGUGAGGCUGAACUGCUGUUGUCGGCUUAUUGUAUCCCUGUAUUGACAGUCACCUGGGAGAACCACACAAGUUCAAGAGAGAGUGGGCCAGUGUCAUGCGAUGUAUCGCGGUGUUUGUUGGCAUCAACCAUGCCAGUGCCGUAUCCUCAGUUGAAAUUAGAUUUCGCCAAUAAUGUGCAGCUGUCCCUGACUCUGGCAGCCCUAUCCUUGGGCUUGUGGUGGACGUUUGAUCGAUCCCGAAGUGGCCUGGGGCUCGGGAUCACCAUCGCCUUCCUAGCCACGCUGAUCACUCAGUUUCUUGUUUAUAAUGGCGUCUACCAGUACACGUCCCCAGAUUUCCUCUAUAUCCGUUCUUGGCUCCCUUGUAUAUUUUUCUCAGGAGGUGUCACAGUGGGAAACAUAGGACGACAGUUAGCUAUGGGUGUUCCAGAAAAGCCUCACAGUGACUGAGUUUGAGCACAUGAUUCAGGGCGGAAGCAGAAUGUGGAGACACUGGUCCUGGGUGUGGUGAAGAGGAUCUUUUUCUCAAUGUUCCAUUUAGACUGGGCUGAUGAUAAAUGACUCCUAAAGAUGCGUUCACGUAGUCUAAAUAGCAAGUGGAGGCAAGGACUACUUACCUAAAGUCUUACCUUGCUCACCCACCCUCACACCUGUCUGCACUGGAACAUUCUAUCCCAGGCUGUAUGUGAGAGUUGGGUAAGGGGGCCGGUUUCCCGAGUAUUAGAUUUCACUCAUCAUUCAAAGCAAAAUGCCAUAUUUCAAAGCCUUGAAUCAAAAUGAAUUACCAACUAGCAGUUUUAUAUCAGUGCCCAAAGGAGAGAGGUUGAUGGUGCUUAACAGAGAUGAAGUAUGUGCAGUAAGAAUAUUUAUCCAGAAUUAAAAUAUAGGGUUGUGUAAAGAGGGGCUAAGGGCAGCAGUAAGUUGGAGGAAGAUCAUGCUCCCCGGAGGACCCAGUGCAGCCACAUCUCCAGGUCUCGCUCAGGCUGGCGCUCACACGUGGGUCUCAUCAGUGUGGGAACUAUGCUGUUUACUGACAGGAGGUUUGUAGACAAUCUUACUGACAGCCCAGGACAACACAAAGUCAGGAUUCUGCAUUGCGAUGCUGGACUUUUCAUCUCAAUUUAAGUGAAGUUUUAUCCAAGAUCUGGACCAUCUAAGAGUGAAUAGCUGUCUGCUGUUUCAGUCGUAAUGAGCCGAAAUUGUGUCUCUGUCACUCCAGAGUGGAGAGGACUUUUCCACAGCCCUAUGGAGCUUGCAAUCUGUGAUUGCCUUGUAAAAGGUUGAGUGUGCACGUCACUGCGUUCGGUGCGCAGUGUCCUGUGUGUGUUGGACAGCGUAGAACACAUGGGACCUUGCAAGUAUUGGGUCUUCAACUUCAAGUGCAAUGUGUAUGAAACCAAUCUGAGCCUUGUAUUCUCUUAAAUAUUUAUUAUUUUUUUUAACCGCGCGAGCUGUUCUGGAGAAGGGUUCUCGGGUCAUUUCAGAGCUGUGUGGAGGCACACUCAGCAAUACUGUGUCAGCCGUGACGCUCCCCAGUCACACCCUCCACUACACCCUAGUCCUCUGACAUACUCCAGGUUUGUAAGUUUAGUGAUUUUUACUUACAAAUUUACCCUUUUUUGCAUUCUAAAAUGUGUUUGUUUUAAAUUAUAUGGAACUGACUUGGUGAGGCAGUCAUUGGUCCCCGGGCAGGCAGAAGCUCUGCCUGUGGGAAUCGGGUUUGGGUUCACUCUUGCAGGGCUCCUCAUAGAGGCUUUGCUUAUUUUGUUUUGAGGAAAAUGUCUGGAGUAAACCUUUGUUUUCUGAAACUACUUUAGCUAAAAGAAAAUGGGUUGUUCUAGACUUUGGAAUGGUUCUUAAAGUUUCCUGGAAAUAAAAAUAAAUGAUUGGCACUUCAAAGACAUUCUUUAGCCAAGACUUCAGUGUCUAGCAGAAACCACAAGUGACUAGAAGAGCAAGUGAUCUUGGUGAUGCACUUGAUUGUAUACAAUGAGUAUUUUUUCUCUUAAACUGGAAAUAAAUCUGUUAGAAAUAAUGUAGCCAAAAAAAAAAAAAAAAAGGUGAAUCUGAAGGAUGCUUUUGCCAAUAGUUAGAGCAGUUACACUGAACCAAAGUGACUGAGUUUGUACAGACGGUAAUCCGUACCAAGCACACUCACUGUCCUGAUCUGAACACCCAGCAAGGUUCAUGUCCGUGCUAAGUUUGCAGCAUUGUGUUCUUUUGCAUUCUUUUUUUACUUUUAUUAAAGGUUCAAAACCA